AUAUUUUUUGAGUUGCGUGCCAUCUCUAAGAAACAGCUGCUGUAAACGACUUUAUUUUACCAAUAUUUGCAACUAGAGAUACAAAUAUUGUAAGAUGCAGCAAUAUAUAGAUGUAAAAUGCAUCAAACAGGAAUACCAGGAAGACUAUAAUGUACCUGAAUAUGAAUUGGAUAUAGGACCUGUUAAAAUAGAAGAGCAUAUGAAUACGGCAAUAAAAAAAGAAAGCGACGAAACGCAACAAACGCUAAACAUUGGCAGUGAAAAGCAUUUGCAGUGCAUUCCAGUCACUAUUCCAGUCUCGUCCCAUUCAAAGGCAAUUGAAACCAAAUCAAAUAAUCGCCGCACUGUUGUGAGCGAACUGCGUGAACGACUAAUGAAAGUGGACAUGGCAAGCAAUAAAGCAUUUAUAAAGUCAAGUCACUUACCGGCCGAUCAGUCCAGGCGAUGCUACACGGCGGCCACACAAUCGCCCACAGAGUCACCCGUUUCCUGUUUGCCGCGUGCUCAGCGUAUGCGCGAUCUACGCCAGCGCCUUAUGAAUUUGGAACGCUCACAGGAACAGCCACAAAAUAAGCCCGUGCUACCGGAUAGUCAACGUACACGUGAGCUGCAUCAGCGACUGCUGCAACUGGGCAAAGCAGAGAUUACGCCACCUGCUCACAUCAGCAAAAGUGAAUUAAGUGAAAAUCAGCCUCGAAGAUCGUAGCCAAAUCAAGUGCUCAGCGUAUGCGCCCGGCGCAGCUCAGCAACCACGACAACAACUGCAGCAGGAACAGCAACAACUCCCGUCCAAGGACACCGCCUGAGCUAACUGCUAAGCGAAUGCAUGAAUUUCGACUGCGUCUGCUAAAGCUGGACAAAUCUCGGCUAGAAUUGAAAAGCAAAAAGCAGCCAAAGGGUAAAAGUAAAAGAAAAGCUAAUGAAGUACUAAUUAUAGAUGCUGAUGAUGGGGAUUAAAAUUUUAUCUGCUAUAAAUAUUGAUUAUAAUUUUAAUGAAUUGGCCAAAGUUUGCUCUAAUUAAAAGCCUUUGCAUUUAACUGUCAAGUGAAGCUUCAAGCUUCCAAUUGAAAGUCAUAAAAGCUCUGCUUUCACCUUAUCUCCGUCUCUCUCUUUUUGCUUCACUUCGGAUGAAUGCAACACUGUUGGAAGCUUUCAGGUACAAAAAGCUUUUGCAUGAAGCUGAGAGACAAAGAGAGAACAACCCCCAAAAAUGGUUAACGCUGCUUCAGAGAAGAUGUAUUGCAAUUUUCUCCCAAGCAAAUACAUGUGGGAGUCGCAACAGCAACAACAACGGCAAAUUUUCAGUCAGCUUUGAGACGCAGCGCAGCGCUAAAGACUAAAUCCGGAUAGAUAAUUUCAAUUGGCCGUUAAACCAGGUGUAAAAUGCGUAGUCGCACGGAGCUGGUGACCACCACAUUCGAUUUGGACUCUGAUGAGGAGGACUACAGUCCUGACGACGACGAUUCCGAGGAAGACUGGCGACCCAACAAGAAGCGCCAACAGAAGCAGCCACGUGCCAAUGGCAACAAUAGUAGCAGCAGCGGUGCUGGCGGUGGCGGCGGCGUCGGCAGCGACGCUGGCAGCAGCGGACGUAAACGCAAAGCAGCUGCAGCGUCGGCAUCGAAGACCAAACGACGUACGAUUGUGCCCAAGGUAAGCGAUGAGGACUUUGAGUCUCUUGAUGAAGAGGAGGAGGACAACAACCUGGACACGGAGCCCAGCGAUGGCGAGUUCGAAAAUGUCGCCGCGGCGAGCACUUCCGCAGCGAAGCGUACGCAGAGUUUGCCGCCCAAAAAGCAAUUUGUCAAAUUGGCCCAAUUGGAUUUGUUGCUCAAUAAGCGGGAUCUAUUGGACACGAAUUGGUUGCUAAAUAGUCGCCUAUGUCUGUGGCGCAAGGAUGAGCAAACGAAUCUGUUGCAGAAAUAUUUGCGUGUUAAGACGACAGAGGAUGCGGCCAAGCCGCAGGAGCAGCAACUGCUCUUUACUUCCAGCUCUGUGUACUCCAGCUGGGAUGAACAGCAUAUUAGUGAUUUCAUAGAUGUCAAAGUCAAUUGCUUGGAUCCUAACAAUAGACGCGUUCAAUUAGAUGAUAUAGAGGCUAUUAAAAAAUUAUCCACAGAGCUGCAGGCGACUGCAAAUGAGUCAAAUCCUUGCGUCGAGGCCAACGAUGAAAAUGACAAUAAUGAUGGUACAGCUGACCAAGAGCCAGCAGCAGCCAAGGAGCAGCACGAAGAUGAGAACGAUGUCGACGACGACGACGAUGAUGAUGAAGACGCAAUGUGA